AUGAACCAGAACCGGGAGCACCAGAGCCCCACUGCCGAGGCGCAGAGCCCGGCUGCGGACAGCCAUAAUGGCCAGUCCACCACUACCCCCGAGGUCGAGGACCAACUUCUCCUCGAUUACCACCACCCCCAAGAAGAUCAGGAAGAUCUCCAGCCCCAGCACCAGCAUCUGCCCCAGCCCCAGUACGUCGAGUCCGAGGCGAACUUCGGCUCUGACAGCAGUACCGACGUGGAGGACAAGUACCCCACUCCCAACCCACAUGCUGGGAAGAACGAGAUCUUCAUAAAAGAGAAAAAAAUCCGCGUCACCACGGAGAUCACCAUCGUCAAGGUCAUUACCAUCAGGAAUAUCACCAAGAGAAAGGACGGCAUCUACAGGGGCCCCAAAAUCACCGUCGACAGCGACCAUAUAGCAGGUUCUCACACAGAACGCAAGGAAGUCGUAAUCGAGGAGACCGAGUCGGGCUGGAUCACCGACGACGAGGCAGAGGCAAAGGCAGAGGACGAGGGCGACAAGGCCGCUCCUGGCGGCGACAACACCACCACCGCCGCCGGCUCCUCCCCUUCCAACGUCGACAACGCCGGCAACUAA